AUGAGCACUUUGACUUUCGUGGAACUUAUCACAGAGAAUCGGUUACUCUUGCUUACUGCACUCAUCGUUUCUUGGAUAAGUUUCAAACUUUCACAGUUAUUGUUGAUCUAUUUGAAAUACACUGUUGGAGUAUGGUGCUUUUCUAAACGGAAAACACUUCGUCAGGCUGGUGAAUGGGCAGUUGUCACUGGUGCAUCGUCAGGUAUUGGUGAAGCGUAUGCAGAAGAAUUGGCCAAAGAAGGUCUCAAUAUCAUGCUUAUCAGUAAUCAUGAGAAACAAUUGUCGUCCGUUGCUAAACGAAUCGCAAAUACCUACAAUGUUCAAACACGAAUUGUGGUUGCAGAUUUCACUAAAAAUGAUGUUUAUGAAAUAAUAAGACCUGCUGUUGACCAACUGUCCACAAUUGCUUGUUUAGUUAACAAUGUUGGUAUGGUGUUACCCUUCGAGUUGUUUGCUGGAGAAGUUGAUUCACCGAAUGAAGAAUCAAUUAGAAAUAUCAUUCAUUGUAACAUUUUAUCUACACUGAUAAUGACAAGCAUCAUUCUGCCGAAAAUGUUAACACAGAAAGGACCUAAUCCUGGUAUCAUAAACAUUUCAUCUUAUACAGCUUUAAAAGUGACGCCCUACUUGACAAUUUAUCCUUCAACCAAAGCAUUCAUUAUUCAAUUCUCUAGAUGUCUGGCUGCAGAAAAGUAUAAAAAGAAUGUGAUUAUACAAACGAUGUAUCCAUUAUUUGUAUCUACAAAUAUGACCGAUUUAAGAGAAGCCACAUAUUUCACACCAUCUGCUAAAGUCUAUGCUAAAAGUGCAUUGGAUAUGUUCGGUGUUGAACAACAAACCACUGGUUAUUUUCCACAUGAGUUAAAAGCAUUUGUAUACAAUUUGUUGCCAACAUCAUUGUGGGUAAAAAUAAUCGAACGUACGUUCACUCCAAUCAGUAGACAAUUGAAGAAGGUUGACUAA